CCGCGUCUCGAAUACAUCGUCGACCAGAUCAACAACUACUCGGUGACCAGAAUACACGCGUGGUGAUCGCACCCACCCGACCGCCAAGGUCGUUCAUUCAUUCCUUCAUCGACUCGCACACCAUUAUUCGUCAUGCCCGGCCACGACCACUUCCAUCGUCACCAUGCGCGUGACCAGUCCACCAUCGUCUCCGUCGUCUACGUGACCGCCCCGAAGACGUUCGAGGGCGAGGUGGGAGGAUAUACAACGCUGGGUCCCAUCAUCGAGGCCCCGACCCACGCCCCAGCUCCGGCUCCAGCUCCGCCCGCCACGACGGCUUCAGCAGAUAUCAAGUCGGCACCUCUGGUCGUGGAUACCUCUUCCCACGUCGUGAAGCCGGUCCCCUCCACCACGCUCCCGGUUACCCAGCCGCAGCACACCACUCUCGAAACCUCGGCCGUCCUCCCGGCUUCCAUCGUGCCGUCAUCGUCCAUCGUGCCGACCUCGAUCCUCUUGGCUGCAGCCAGCAGUGCCAUCUCCAGCUCUUCCUCGGCCCUCCUCUCCGCUACACCUUCUCUCGAGGCCGUAGCGAAUGCCUCCAGCACACCCAGCGCUUCCAGCGUGGCCAAAGAGAGUUCGGGAUCCGGCGGGAUGAGCACCGGAGGGAAGGUCGGACUUGCCGUCGGUAUCGUGUGUCUCGUCGCCACUGUCAUUGCUGUCGUCGGUUUCUGCUUCAUGAGGAAGCGCCGCGCUGCCGAUCGUCAACGCCUGGAUGAUGAGAAUGAGAAGCAGGAUGCCUUUGCCGCCAUAGCACGACAGGCCAGCACACGCACCACGGCCACCGCUCCCCGCCUCUCCCUGCGUCCCGUGACGGAAUUCCUCCCCAACCUGGCUGAGAAGCGUCAGAGCCGUGGGAAUGCGCUCGCCACUCCACCACCGAACACCGCCGGAGGAGCUGAUGCCAACAACCUCAACAACCCGUUCGGUAACCACGCCGAAACCAUCGAUGCUGCCAAUGCAAGUGGUCCAGCUGUCGUGGAUGAUGUCACUCCCAAGGGCGAGAUCAUUGCUGCGGCGUCGACCGGUGCGGCAGCGGGUGCUGCAACAGGACUCGUGCGUGGAGCUUCCAUCCGCGGUCAGGGACCAAAGGCGAUGGAUUUCACCACCAAGGGCCCCUUGUUGCCUCCCCCAAGCCCCUCCGGAACGGAAUUCAGCGUCUCAUCCGAUGCCACUGCUACCCCAACCCCCACCGGCACCGGUGCAGCUAUCGCCGCCGCUGGUGGUCCUGCCAACAGCACUGUUCACCGUGUCCAACUCGACUUCAACCCAUCCAUGGACGAUGAGCUGGAGCUCCGUGCUGGUCAGCUGAUCAGACUCCUGCACGAGUAUGAUGAUGGAUGGGUAAGUUCUCGUUCGAAUUUGUUUGCGUCUGAUCUAACACGUUCCAGGCACUCUGCAUCCGUCUCGACCGCUCUCGCCAAGGUGUCGUCCCUCGUACAUGUCUCUCGGUCCGCCCCGUCAAGCCUCGCCCUCCGCAGAAUGGCCCUCGCGGCCCUCCUCCCCCAGGCAUGCGCCUCCCCGUUCAAGCGCGUCCCAUGUCCCCUGCCAUGAACCAAGGUCGUCCAAUGUCUCCAGCUAUGAAUCAGGGUCGUCCAAUGACUCCCACUGGCAACCGACCCAUGACUCCCACUGGUCCCCAAUACAACCCCCAACGCCCCAUGACACCAAACGGUCAACAAAGUCGUCCUUCCAGUCCCUCUGCCGCCCAGAUGCAAGAGCGACGCAAUACUCCUCCCGGCCCAAGCCCCAUGAACCCAGCUACCAGCCCC